CAGAACAAAAAUGGCAACAUUAAGGCUCCAAAUAUGUAUUCUGGCUUUCUGUGCAAGCCUUCUUAUUCCAAGCAGCUACAGCCAUGGCGAGAAAAAGCAUGCAGCCUUGUUCAUCUUUGGUGAUUCACUAUUUGAUGUCGGAAAUAAUAACUACAUCAAUACUUCCAGUAGCUUUCAGUCAAAUAUUUGGCCAUAUGGGGAAACCUUCUUCAAUUACGCCACCGGUAGAGCUUCUGAUGGUCGUCUAAUUCCGGAUUUCAUCGCUGAGUAUGCAAAAUUGCCAUUUAUAACGCCGUAUUUACAACCCGGGUUCGACAAUUAUAUUUAUGGGGUGAACUUUGCAUCUGGUGGAGCGGGUGCUCUUGCAGAAACCUAUCAAGGAUUUGUGAUAGACCUUAAAACUCAACUAAGUUAUUUCAAGAACGUCGAGAAGCAGUUGAGGCACAAACUAGGCGAUGCAGAAGCUUACACAUUUCUAUCAAACGCUGUUUACUUGAUUAGCAUUGGAAGCAAUGAUUACUUCAUCCCAUUCGGAACAAAUUCAACUUUGUUUGAAUCCCACUCACAUGAAGAAUAUGUUGGCAUGGUGAUUGGAAAUCUCACCAAUGUGAUCGAAGAAAUAUACAAGAAGGGAGGAAGGAAAUUUGGUUUUGCAAACGGCUUUCCUCUCGGUUGUGCACCUAGCAUGAGAAUACUUAAACCAGAAAGCUUAGGUAGCUGCGUGGAAGAAGUUACAGCAUUAGUGAAACUACACAGUAGAGUACUUGCUAAAGACCUUCUUAAGCUAAAGACCAAGCUCCAAGGAUUCAGAUAUUCAAACGCAAAUUUCUAUGAUCAAGUAAAUGAGAUUAUUGGCAAUCCAUUAAAAUACGGUUUCAAGGAAGGAAAGGCGGCGUGCUGUGGCUCUGGUCCAUACAGAGGAAUUUCGAACUGUGGUGGGAAGGCAGGCUCCGCAGAAUUUCAAUUAUGUGAAAAUGUUACUGAAUAUGUUUUCUUUGACUCUGGACACCCAACAGAAAGGGUUUAUCAGAUACUGUCCAAGCUAUGGUGGAGUGGAACUCCGUAUGUGACUGGGACUAGCAUUCAUUUGACGGAGCUAUUUGAUCCUUAGACCAAAUGUGGGUUUAUUAGUUUCGUAAGCAAUUCUGCAUUUUGUUGCAGACACCACUUCUGAUUCAAAAUAAAUACAUCCCAUUUGCAUUGAAUAAUUCAAAAAUAAAUACAUCCUCAUUAUAACAACUACUAUUGCAUAAUCUUGAUCAAUCUUUAGUUA